CCCAACCUCCCUCAACGCGGUGACCUUGGUUCAAAAGAAACAUGAGUCUUAAACAGUUCUUCGAUGAAGGGUGGCCACCUGCGCCUGAGUGGACAGAGAAGGAUGUUCCCGAUCUCACGGGGAAGGUCUAUAUUGUGACUGGAGCGACCGCUGGAAUUGGAAAGGAAACAGCAAGGGUCCUACUACUGAACAACGCCAAGGUGUAUAUCGGCGGUCGAAGUGAAGAGAAGAUUGCCAAAGCCAUUGCGGAGCUGAAAGACUUAACUGGGAAGGAGGGGAUACCGUUCAAAGUCGAUCUUGCAGACCUUCCGACAAUCAAGGCUGCUGCUGAGGACUUCACAAGCAAAGAGAAGCAACUCCAUGUCCUCAUCAACAACGCCGGCGUCAUGAUCCCUCCCAUAGAGCACGUUACAGCUCAAGGCUACGACUGCCAAUGGGGGACGAACGUCCUCGGCCACUUCUACCUCACCAAACUCCUCCUCCCUCUUCUGCUUUCUACCGCCAAAGCCUCGCCAGAGGGGAAGGCCCGUGUUGUCCACGUCUCGUCGCAAGCUUCGGUAGGAGGGAAGCUGGAUUUCAAUGCGUUCAAGGACGGACCUGCGAGGCGGAACAAGACGCCUUGGGACAUGUAUUACAUGAGUAAAUUGGGGAAUGUGAUGAUGUCCAACGAAUUUGCGAGGCGUUAUGGAUCCGAAGGGCUCGUUUCGUGUUCCCUAAAUCCUGGCAACAUUCAGUCUGAGUUGCUGCGACAUACCAGUUGGCUGGAGUGGCUCCUCCUCCAUUUCUUCAUAAAAAUGCACCCCGUCGGACUUGGCGCCUUGACACAGUUGUGGGCAGCAACAUCGAAAGAAGGCUUGGAUUUCAACGGCAAGUACCUCAAGCCCUGGGCUCGGAUCGGCCAGGCUACGCCCCAAGCACUCGAUGAGAAGGUUGCUGGAGAUCUCUGGGAAUGGCUCGAGGAACAAGUAGCAGCUCACAAUGCUGGCCCAUUCACUGAAAUCACAACCCUCUCGAAUGGCUUGACUGUCGCCACCGAAGCCCAAUCCCAGUCCCAAACCGCCACCGUUGGUGUCUGGAUCGACGCUGGCUCUCGUGCAGAGACCGACAAGACCAACGGAACCGCCCACUUCCUGGAACACAUGGCCUUCAAGGGUACCAACAAGCGCACGCAACAUGCCCUCGAGUUGGAAGUCGAGAACCUCGGUGCCCACCUCAACGCGUACACUUCCCGCGAGCAGACCGUCUACUACGCCAAGGCCUUCCGCAAGGACGUUCCCCAGGCCGUCGACAUCAUUUCCGACAUUCUCCAAAACUCAAAGUUGGAGAGCGGUGCCAUUGAACGGGAGCGGGAUGUGAUCCUCCGGGAGCAGCAGGAAGUCGACAAGCAACAGGAGGAGGUUGUCUUCGACCACCUACACGCUGUUGCCUUCCAGGGCCAACCCCUCGGUCGCACCAUCCUCGGACCCAAGAAGAACAUUCUCUCAAUACAGCGAGAGGACUUGUCCAACUACAUCAAGACCAACUACACCCCUGACCGCAUGGUCCUCGUUGGAACUGGUGGCGUUGACCAUGGUGAACUCGUCAAGCUCGCCGAGAAGCACUUCUCUUCCCUCCCAGCCUCUGCCAACCCCACCCCCCUCGGCCGUCUCUCGCACCCCAAGACUGCCUUCGUUGGCUCGGAGGUCCGCAUCCGUGACGACGAGUCCCACACCGCCAACAUUGCCAUCGCCGUUGAGGGUGUUAGCUGGAGCUCCCCCGACUACUUCCCCAUGAUGGUCAUGCAGAGCAUCUUCGGUAGCUGGGACCGAGGCCUCGGUGCUUCCCCCCUCACCUCCUCCCGCCUCUCCCACAUCGUCUCCUCCAACAACCUCGCCAACUCCUUCAUGUCCUUCUCCACCUCCUACUCCGACACCGGUCUCUGGGGUAUCUACCUCGUCACUGAGAACUUGAUGAACAUCGACGACCUCGUUCACUUCACCCUCAAGGAGUGGACACGGAUGAGCAUCGCCCCCACCCCCACCGAGGUUGAGCGUGCCAAGAGCCAGCUCAAGGCUGCCCUUCUCCUCAGCCUUGACGGUACCACCGCUGUCGCUGAGGACAUUGGCCGACAGCUCGUUACCACUGGCCGUCGCUUGACUCCUCAGGAGACUGAGGCUGCCAUCGACGCCGUCACUGUCGACGAGAUCAAGCGUGUUGCCCAGAAAUACCUCUGGGACAAGGACUUCGCUCUCGCCGCAACGGGAAGCAUCGAAGGUCUCUUGGACUACAACAGAAUUCGUGCAGACCUGUCCUCCAUGCUUUACUAG